UUCGUAAGGAAAGUCACAUAAUUCCGGGUUAGCCUCAGGCCUCAAGCUCAAGUACCAAUCUUUCUGUCUUCCGUGGGACACAUCUACUUCCGACUUUGUUUCGACGUUCGUUUUUGCUGUCGUCGCCAUCGUCACUGGUGAGCUCGACGAACACACCGCUGAUCCAACGCUUUACAAACUCAAGGCUGCUGUGAGGUCGUCUGCCCCUUCAAGCAUGGAACCACAGCCCCCCGCGCUGCUCAGCGCACCGCGAAUGUUAACACUUCUAGGCUCUAUUCUCGUAUCCCUCAGUUCAGGGACAAAUUAUGUGCCAUACGCUCCACAAUUAGGCGCACGCCUAUUGCUCUCCCACACCCAGUUGAAUGUUAUUGGCCUGGCAGGGAAUGUGGGUGUGUAUCUGAGCGGCCCAGCCUGGGGUCGAGUAGUCGAUUCAAAGGGUCCCCGCAUUCCGCUUAUUAGUGCCUUUGCCUGCCUUCUCAUAGGAUAUCUCGGCAUAAAGCGCAUCUAUGAUGAUGGUGCUGGAACAGUAGUAUCGUUCAUGCAUCUUGUCAUCCUCAUUGCCUGCAGUUUCAUGACCGGCUUGGCUGGAAAUGCGGGCCUUGCCGCUGCUAUGAACACUACGGCUAAGAGCUUCCCUGAAACCUCGCGCGGAACUAUAACAGGUCUCGUUCUGUCUGGUUUUGGCUUAUCUGCAUUUUUCUUUGCCGCAGUUGCCAGUGUCGCAUUCCCUGGCAACACAUCUGCGCUUCUCCUUGUCCUGGGCCUCGGCGCCGCCAUGCCCAUGCUUCUUGGUCUUGUGAUAGUCCGUCAAAUACCGUUACCUCCCCCGAGCACCACAAUUGGCAUCGAAGGGGGCCCGCACGGACGCGAGGAAUACCAGCCAAUUCCGAGUGGCGAUGCCGCUCUAUUUAUUUGUGGGAAUGACAGUCACACCUCCCUUCUUGAUCCCAUGGAACACGUACACGAGGCAUCAAACUAUCACGUCCCCGAACCAUCGACCCCGGCAGAACUUGUGCCGGACCGGAUUGUAUCGAGAGGGUCGAGUGUCAGGAGAAGUACGAGCCGUGCAAAGCCCGUGCAUGAUGGGCCUAAUGUCUAUGGGAAGCAACUGUGGCUUACCCCAGAUUUUUAUCUUGUUUUUGUUAUCAUGUCGCUUCUAAGUGGAACUGGGAUCAUGUAUAUCAAUAAUGUUGGCUCCAUAUCUCAGGCAUUGUAUGCCAAAGGGAACCCUAACUACGACGAGUUAGAAGCUUCGCGUUGGCAAGCCGCACAAGUUUCAACUCUCAGUAUUGGCAACUUUGCAGGACGUAUUCUCAUUGGAUUAAUCGCGGACUUGCUCCGAUUUCGCCUACGUCUCCCUCGUGCAUAUUGUUUUUGCAUUGUUUCAACGCUCUUUGUUGUCUCUCAAUUGUUUGCCAUCAACGUUAACGACGUUGCGCAUCUUUGGAAAGCGACCGCGCUACUUGGGCUUGCAUAUGGUAGUCUGUUCGGCAUUUCCCCUACGAUCGUCAUCGACUGGUUUGGGCUUUCACAUCUCUCGGAGAAUUGGGGAUUUAUCUCACUCAGUCCACUAGUGGGAGGGAAUCUUUUCUCGCUUAUGUUUGGGCGCAACCUUGACUCACACGCGAACGAUGACACCGAGACGCAUUCGCCUUUAUCUUUGAUAAGGCGUGGUGGUCUUCCAAGCGAACACCAAUGUUUUGAUGGACGCGACUGCUACGUCACGAGUUUGUAUGUAACAGCGACGGCGUGUUUGAUUGCACUUGGGUUGAGCGUUUGGGCGGGAAUAAGGGACCAGAGAAAAACAGUAGAGGCGAAGAGGGAAGUUAUUUGGGAUGCUGAAGAGUAAAGAUAUAGAGAGUUAUGCAGAUACCCAGUGCAAGAUAUAAUUAUCAUAGAUUCGCUAGAAACAUGAAAUUGCGGACAACGCCACAAAAGGCAUGCAACAGGCGCCGAGUAGGUGAGGCUGCAUACACGUUCUGUGCCCGUUGCAUGUUGAACGUUCAUGCACAUGAAUCCAGAGGCAUAUUUACUUGCAACAUAUAUAGUAUACAUAGUUACGCCGAGAACAUAUAUAUGCAGUGCGAGGUAUAUCAUAAUGAAAAUACA